AUCCUAUAUAUGAGAAAAGUCCUUAAAAAGACCUAAGAUAAAAAGUCCACGAGAACAGCAUCUCUCAUCACUCGUACCAUUUUGCCCUCCAAAAACACCCAACAACCCCCUCCCCCUCCCCCCAAACAGAAAGGCAUUUCGAUCUUUUACUCCACCCCCAUGCACCUAAUAGCGUAACAACAAUACCAACUCUGCCGCAUUACCCCAACCUUCUUAAUUCACCUCCCUGGCCUUGUACCCUGUUUCAUUUCUUCAAAGCCAUCUCUCUCCCUGGAUCAAGCCCCCGCUUCCACAAAAACAACUUCCCGCUUGCAACUCUGAGUACUCUGGCCUCAAUAUGCCGAUAAAGAUAAAUCCUUUCAAUGACGCCCGGUUGCUGCUAAGUUUGUUCCUGGUGAUCAUUGCCGUUUUUACUGUCCCGGGGACGGCUGAAGGUGAUGAGAAGUGCAACUCCUGCACUCAAAUCUCCCCACCACCACCAUCUCCGCCACCCCCUUGUCCGCCACCUCCACCGCCACCAGUUCUUCCACCACCGCCGCCUUCUCCCAAGAAGCCGCCAACCCAAUACUGCCCUCCGCCGCCUGCCCCGCCGUCAUCGUUCCUAUACAUAACUGGUCCACCUGGCAACUUGUAUCCUAUUGACGAGGAUUUCAAUGGUGCCGCCCGGGACAUGGUCACGAGGUUGCCUGUUUUGGUCGGCUGUGGAUUAAUGUUGGGUCUUCUGCCCAAUCUUUGGUGACUUCACUGCGGUAAGAUUCAGAAUUUACGAAGGAAAGAAUUUUAUGGACAUAUAUAUGUUAAGGCAAAGGUUUUUUCUUUUUAUUAAUGUUUUUUGGGCAAGUGAGCUCAAGAUUUUAAAAGACGGGAGAAGUUGUACUCGUUUUAAUCAGUAAUACCCAUCUUGGUUCAUGCUUUAUCUGAAUUCAAUUCAGAAAUUUUCAAUAACAACUUUAUUCUGAUC